GGUAACGUGUCUAUGGUAGCGUUAAGGUAUUUCAUUGGGUAUUAGGCAUUUCUGGUACUUGUUGCUGUAGGCCUUCCAUGACCAUCUUUUUGGAAGUAGGGCAUUAACGCGACACGCCUUACAAACGUGGUUCAGAUUGAGACAUAAGCCGGCACUUUAUGCGAGCUUCCGGCCUUUUAGAACGUGAAAAUGCAGACGCCAAUGCAGUGCUUGGUCAGCUUGUUUGAGGAUGCUUCAGCCAGGGGUUGUAUGUCAUCGCUGCGGGUACCACAGGGGCUUCGAAGGAAGAUACAGGAGUCCCUUAGAGAAAGUUUCGUGACUUUUGACCCUGGCUUCUGGGUCGCUGUUGUUGGGCUGCAUCGGUUGGCUGCAGAAUUGCUGGUGUCAAAACCCGGCGAGGAUGGUUGGUCUUCGAGGAUACUGCAUGAUACUGGCAAGCUUAUCCUCAACCUUUGUAGUAUCAACUGCGAAGAAGCACGGUGUAUCGCAUACAAGGUUGCGCUGGCUUUGCUGGAGGGGGAUCUCCUUCACGCCGCUGCACGACUGUUUGCCAAGAUAUACAGCGGCAUAGAUGACGUGGCGAAGCCGGAUGAAGCUCUGGUUGGCGCGAUGAUAUCAUGUGCUCAUUGCGCGGGCGUGCUGCUGGGCAUGUUGGAGGGGACCGAGGGUUCAGUCCCGAAGGACUUGUUCCUCCGUUAUGCAGGGGCACUGCACACAAGCCAUGUGCUCGAACAUAUGUCUCGAGCGCUGUUGGCUGUAGUAAAACAUGCUCGCUCGCAGGAGAGCCAACGGCUGACCUUCAUGAGCAAGGGCAGCCUCGCUAAGAUACUUCGGGCGUCGUUGGGGGGUAUUCUUCGGCCGUGGAUGGAACAAGGCCCCCGGUAUCUCAGCAGUCCGGGAUGGAUGGUCGAGGAACGGGACUUGCAAGCGGCGCUAUACAAGCUUUGCGUUCAGCUUUCGGAGCCCUGCCUGCAAUUCAUCCUCGGUUGGCUGGUGACGACGGAGCGGCUGAGCCUGGCUGGCGGGGAGGGGCCGCGCUAUGGCUUGCCGGAGGAGCUCCUGACGCAGCAUGAGUGGCAGAUAGAACGAGAUCUGGGUACCCGGUUGCUGCUUGAGUCUUUAGCAUCAGUAGCGG